GCGCUACCCAUUGAGACUACACAGACCGUUUAAACUCUCUCUCUCUCUCUCUCUCUCUCUCAUGUUCACAGGAUUCUCUUCUCUUCUUCAUGCCUUGAAAAGCCUUAGCCUGUGUUAAGUCCCUGAGAGUUCUUGAUUGUCAGGGUUCAUUGAUGCACAGAUUCCUGCAAUUCCUGCAAAUCUCUUUGCCUUCGUUCUUUAUUAGACCUUUAUAAGAGAUUGCUUGUUCUAGGGAUUAAAGGGCCCCUUUUUCCCAAAUUUGGGCGAAAAUGGGGUCCAAUUCGGUGUCUAAUUACGAUUGGGUUAACAAUGUUGGAGGUUCUGACGCAGAAUUCAAUUGGGCUCUUGACGGUUUUAACGAUCUUCCCAAUGUCGGUGUGGAGAUUGCGGAUGGAUACGGAGAUUUUGGUGGAGGUAUCGAGAACACCAACUCCAGGAAAAGUCAAGUACUGAAAUGGGGUUUGAAUUCAAGAAAGAAGCCCAAGGAUUUGAGGCUUUGGAUUAGAAUGAGGGAUGAAUCAUGCACAGGACUUAGGUCUAAAGCAUCUCGGGAGAAAAUGAGGAGGGACAGAUUGAAUGACAGGUUUUUGGAAUUGGGUACUGUUCUUGAGCCUGGCAGACCUCCUAAGACUGAUAAAGCUACUAUUUUAAGUGAUGCCUCUCGUGCUCUGGUACAGCUUAGGACCAAAGCACAGCAGCUGAAAGAGGCAAAUGAAAAGCUUCAGGAGACGAUUAAGGAUCUUAAGGUGGAGAAAAAUGAACUCAGGAAUGAAAAGAUAAAUCUGAAGGCAGAGAAGGAGAAAUUAGAGGAGAAGGUUAAAGCAAUGAGUCUACCACCAGUUGGAUUCAUGCCACACCCUAUGGCAUUUUCUGCAGCUGCAUUUGCUGCACAGAGUCAAGCUGCCUCAAACAAGACAGCAGCCCCCUUCCCUGGAUUUCCUGGUGCAGCCAUGUGGCAGUGGAUGCCUCCUGCUGUUGUGGACACUUCACAAGACCACAAAUUACGACCUCCUGUUGCCUGAUGAAUCAAUGGGUAUUAAAACCCAAUUUUUCCUCCUUUUUUUGUUCUUAUGGAUUCCCUCCUCCCCCCUCCCCCCUUAAUGGAACUUGGUGGCCAACAUCUUGUUGCUAUCAUGUUUUUUCCGUCCCGGAUAAAUAUUCUAAUGCCAUUGCUGAAACUGUGAGACACUGGUACACUGCAAAAACAUAUUAUGAGAGACAUUCUGUAGUUCUGGUGCCA